AUGCAAAUCACCGAAAUCACCGUCUUCAGCUACAACGCCAACUACGCCAACGGCAUAUACAGCAUGUCGCACGGCCGCACAACCACAGGACAGCAAUCUAUCGUCGUGAGAGUCCGUACCGACAGCAACAUCGAGGGCUGGGCCGAAACAGCACCUCUGGGAAGCGACUACCUACCCAGCUCUUUCACAGGCGAACUGGCUGCGCUGAAGGAACUCGGACCGCAUAUCCUGGGCCUAGAUCCGCGUUCACCAACGGCUGUUGACACGGUCAUGGAUCGCGUCAUGAUGGCUGGGAUGGCGGCUAAGGCGGUCCUAGAUAUGGCCUGCUGGGAUAUUCUGGGCAAGGCCGUGGGACUUCCUACAUCGGCUUUAUUGGGAGGGACGCUUGGUGCAGAUCUACCUGCGUUUUCUGUCAUCGGUGUCGGUGAGCCAGCCAUUGGAGUCCAGAAGGCAAAGGCCGAGCUGGACAAGGGGCUGCAGGCUAUGCAGUUAAAGGUUGGAGAUGACCCCAUAACCGAUGCGAGGCGAGUCAGGGCCAUCCGGGAGACACUCCCAGACACAGUUGAAGUAUGGGCUGAUGCCAACGGCGGCUGGAACCUAGGCCAAGCACUCACAUUUGCACGGGUGCUAGGUCAGGAUAUCGCCGUGGCGCUUGAGCAGCCCUGUAGACUUCUAUCUGACUGUGCUGAAGUUGGACGUCGCACUGGACUGCCUAUUGUGCUUGACGAGAGUAUCGUGACGAUGGCGGAUCUCGUUGCAGCACAUGCAGCAGGUAUCACGGGGGUGAAUAUAAAGCCAUCGCGGGUUGGCGGGCUUACCAAGGCGCGCACGCUGCGUGAUGCGGCGAUUUCCCUGGAUAUGAUGGUUACGGCUGACGAUACGUGGGGAUGUGCAUUGUUAACAGCGCAGAAUAUACAGCUGGCCGCUUCUACGCCCCCAGAUCGACUACGUGCUGUCGAUCUCUUUGCUGAAUGGACGAGUCCAUGUAUUGCAGACAUUCCGAGGAUGCAGGCAGAUGGCAGGGUUCGCCAUAAUGGUCUUCCUGGGAAUGGACUCGGUGCUAUAGACUUGAGUUACCUGGGGAAGCCCCUGUUUCAGAUCACAGCUUGA